ACGUCCACAGCUUCCAGGAUGAACGAUCUGCCCACGCAAUUCACGCCAGCACACGUCGAAGCGCGAACCAUAUUGAAGCACUUAUUAUCGAGCCUGGAAGAGCCAGAGUCUAAGCACUACGCAAGAUAUGGAAAAUGGGUAGAACGUCAUCCCGGACUCGACGACUUCUGCUUCCGCUGCAUUCGCCCCCACGUCUGGACGUACCUCAACGGGCGCUGGAGUCUCGAUGCGCUCAAACCCAUAGGCGGCGAUCUCCGCACCGGCGCCAGCGCAAUCUACCUGAAUGGGAUCCUCGGGCUCGACAAACGCGUCCGCAUAUACGUUGGUCAAGCGCGGUCAUUGCGGCCCAGGAUCGCCCAGCAUCUGAACUUCCGCUACCGGCGCGACAACCCGUCCCUACAUUACUACGCCCUGCAGCGAUCGAUAUACAACGCCAUCGGUGUGCUUGCUGCACUUCCAAGCCCAACUAUGGGCGGCCAUGCGUUGACUGGGAUGGAAGACCCGGCUUUGUUGUUGAACGUGCUGGAGAUGUGGAUGGGGCUUGUUUUUAGAAGCUUGCCUGCGUCCAUGUUGGAGGAGUGGUUACCAGAGGGAAUGAGUUCGAAGAAGGAGGGGAAGGAGGGCGUGUUUGGGGGGCUGAAUAUUAGAUGUCCGCUGGAUCAGGGGGACAGCAAGUCGGACUGGAUUGACUUGAGCGAGAGCGAUGAUCCACUGGUGAGGGACUAUAAAGGUGGUGCCUCAGCAAAGACAUCCCUUGAUCAGAACGAAGCUGCGAAUGAGGUUGAGAAGAGGAAGAAGGAGUACGCUGAGAAGGCGAGGAAGUUGAACCAGGGCCAGAAGGAGAUGGUAUUGUCGAUGAACACACUAAUAGCCUUCGGUAUGGGAGCAUUAUUAGGCUUCUCGCUC